AUGACUGGCUGGCUGGUCUCUCUGACAAGUAUCAAAAUACUACUUUUAGCAGUGCCUUGUCUGAGUGUCCACAUUGAACCUGAAGAAGGCAGCCUCGCAGGAGGAACGUGGAUCACUGUCAUUUUUGAUGGUUUGGAGCCAGGUCUCCUUUAUCCUGCCAACGGCUCUCAGCUGGAGAUCCACCUGGUGAAUGUGGCUGUACCCAUGCUGCCCAUCAUACCCUGUGACAUCUCUCCUGUCCUCCUGGAUUUGCCGGUAGUGAUGUGUAGGACCAGAUCUCUGCUGUCCGAAGCACAUGAAGGUCUCUAUUACCUGGAAGUGCAGGCUGGGGGACAGGUCGUAGGCAGCCCAAGUUCAGGACCACGAGACAGCUGCACUUUCAAGUUUUCCAGGGCACAGACACCCAUCGUUUACCAAGUUAAUCCACCCAGUGGAGUGCCAGGAAACCUUAUACAUGUGUAUGGCUGGAUUAUCACCGGAAGGUCGGAAACCUUUGAUUUUGAUGCCGAGUACAUUCAUAGCCCAUUGAUGUUGGAAGCUCAGGGAGACAAAUGGGUCACUCCUUGUUCUCUUGUAAACAGACAGACAGGAUGCCGCUAUCCUAUUCAGGAAGACCAUGGUCUUGGGACUCUGCAGUGCCGUGUGGAAGGCAACUACAUUGGCUCCCAGAAUGUUAGUUUCUCAGUAUUUAACAAAGGAAAGUCAAUGGUACAUAAGGAUGCAUGGCUGGUCAGUGCUAAGCAGGACCUUUUCUUGUACCAGACAUAUUCAGAAAUACUGUCUGUGUUUCCAGAAACUGGGAGCCUUGGGGGAAGAACAGACAUCACAAUUACAGGGGACUUCUUUGACAAUCCUGCCCAGGUUACCGUUGCAGGCAUUCUGUGUGAUAUUAGACACGUGUCUCCCAGGAGGAUUGAGUGCACCACCAGAGCUCCAGGUAAAGGUGCAAGACUCUCCGCUCCUCAGGCAGGCAAUCGAGGGCUUCUCUUUGAAGUUGGAGACGCGGCUGAGGGCUUGGACCUGACAGAAGCCACCCCUGGGUACAGAUGGCAGAUUGUCCCUAAUGCCAGCUCUCCGUUUGGAUUUUGGUCAAAGGAAGGGCAGCCUUUCAGAGCGCGGCUCAGUGGGUUCUUUGUGGCCCCAGAGACAAAUAAUUACACUUUCUGGAUCCAGGCUGACAACCAGGCUUCCCUGUAUUUCAGUCAGUCGGAGGACCCGAGGACCAAGGUGAAAGUGGCCUCCAUCACAGUGGGCACUGCUGACUGGUUUGACUCCUGGGAGCAGAAUGGGAGUGAAGAGACCUGGCAACAGAAGACCCCCAAGCUGGAGCUGCUCGGGGGAGCCAGGUACUACCUGGAAGCAGAGCAUCGAGGGAGAGCCCCCAGCCGCGGGGUGAGGAUUGGUGUCCAGAUCCAUAACACCUGGCUGAAUCCCGAGGUGGUCAGCACGUACCUCCGGGAGAAGCAUCAGAUCCAAGCCCGGGCCCAGAGACUUCCGGAAAUCCAGAUGCUGAUGGUGUCUGGCACAGGGAACUUCUUCCUUACCUGGGACAAUGUCUCUAGCCAGCCAGUCCCUGCAAAUGCCACGGCCCAUCAGAUUCAAACAGCCCUUGAGGAGUUACUUGCAGUUAAAUGCAAACUGGAGCCCCUUUCAGCGAACAUCCUACUCCGGCUGGGAUUCGAGCAAGGCCUAGAAGGUUCCAGCUCUGAUGGGCACCUCACCAGUGGGACAGAGCCCUUCUGUGGGAGGUUCAGCCUCCAUCAGCCUCGACACCUUGUCCUGAUACUCGCGGCUGCCCAGAAGGGCAACCGGCUAGAUCAGUACACACAUCUGUGCCUUGCAUACAAAGGCCACAUGAAUACGAUCCUGACGGUGACAGUGUCCUUCACAACUGGCUUUCAAAACACCGUUAAGAAGAACGUCACCUGUGACUGGAGUCUCGCGGGGGCCAGCCCUAACAGCUGGCAGUUCGCCUGCACCGACCUCUGGAAGACGUGUGUGCAUCGCUCCGCGCAGCUCCAGCCACCUCCCGCAAACUCCCCAGUGCUGGUUCAUCAGAUUGACCUCCUCCCUUUGUCUCCGGAGAUGGACGUGUUCUAUGUGGAUGAGAUUAUUAUUGCAGACACAAACCUAACAGUUUCUCAGGCUGACUCUGGAACAGCUCGCCCUGGUGGGAAUCUGCUGGAAUUGCUCUCUGUGGUGGGAUCCCCUCCUGUCUACAGUGUGACCUCCUGGUUGGCAGGGUGUGGCUUGGAGCUCCCGCUCAUCACUGCAAGCUCUGUGCCCACUGGAGGAGCAGAAGGAUCCGGGUUGGUCCAGGUGACAACACAGAGACUACAGAGGACAAGUCCACCUUUAGGAGGACACUUUCGCAUCCAGCUUUCUCACACAGUGAUUCCUGCUGUCCCUGUGCACAUCUCAGCUAGUCAUCUCCAGAAGCUCUUACAAACCAACGCUGAUGACUUCACAUCUAGGUACCUUAAUGUCAGUGACUUCACUGUGACGGAGGAUCUGAAGUCUUGCUAUGAACAUGUGUGGACUCUCUCCUGGUCCAACCAGGUUGGGGACUUGCCCAGCUUUAUAAGGGUAUCUGAUGAAAACCUAACGGGAGUUAACCCUGCUGUAACCACUCGUGUGGUAUAUGAUGGUGGAGUCUUCCUUGGACCCAUAUUUGGAGACAUGUUGGUCACUGCCAACCAGUACACUCAGGUGGUUGUGCGAGUGAACGACAUACCAGCUUAUUGUUCAGGUUCCUGUUCCUUCCAAUACCUUGAAGGGUCAACUCCCCGGGUCCACUCUGUGUGGUAUGCCCUCGAUGACAUUGACCUACUGGUCUAUAUUACUGGAAGUGGUUUCUCUGGUGACUCCGAGGCCUUGCAGGUUACAGUGAACAAAACAAGUUGCAAAGUUAUUUUCUCAAACCAAACGAAUGUGGUGUGUCAGACAGGCCUGCUGCCCGUUGGAGUGCAUCAGAUUUCAGUGUUGGUGAGACCCUCUGGUCUUGCCGUCAAUGCCAGUGGAGGAGGCCUCUUCCUAAACGUGGAGCCCAGACUGGAUGCUGUGGAGCCUUCCAGAGCUGCAGACAUUGGAGGGCUCUGGGCCACCAUCCGAGGCUCUAGUUUGGAAGAUGUUAGCCUGGUUUUAUUUGGAUCCCAGUUUUGUGCCAUUAAUGUCACCACAAGCAAUUCACGAAGAAUUCAAUGCAAAGUUCCACCCAAGGGGGAAGAUGGACCUACAGUGAAUGUGACUGUGAUCAGAGGGGACCAUUCUGUGGUUCUUCCCAAGGCAUUUACUUACGUCUCCUCUUUAAAUCCAGUAAUUGUGUCUCUCAGCAGAAACAGAAGCAGCAUAGCAGGAGGUGAGACCCUUUCCAUUGGAAUGGUGCUGCCAAUGAACCACACGGAUUUGGAUGUCCAAGUCCACAUUGGGGACACCAGAGCUUGGGUCCGAGCGCAGGCAGCUCAGGGCCUGGAGGUGGUGCUGCCCCCGCUGCCUGCUGGGCUCCACGGAAUCUCAGUCUCCAUCAAUGGGGCCCACAUUCACGCACAAGGUGUGGAUCUUCACAUCCAGUACAUCACAGAAGUCUUCAGCGUCCAGCCUUGCUGUGGGUCUGUUCUGGGUGGAACCAUCCUCAGCAUCUCAGGAAGAGGGUUCAGCAGGGACCCAGCUUUGGUUUGGGUGCUCGUGGGCAAUCGGUCCUGUGACAUUGUGAACUCAACGGAGACGAACGUCUGGUGUGAGACCCCGCCAGCCCCCCUGCCGCCUGGUGCCCCAGCCCCUGUGGAGGUCUGGGCUGGCAGCCAGCCCUUCCCCCACCAACCUUUGCCAAGCCUGGUGGGGAAGGGCUUCAUCUUCACAUAUGAAAUGGCAGCAACCCCGGUGGUCACAGCCACGCGAGGAGAAAUCACAAAUCACAGCCUGAGGCUCUACGUGGAAGGGCAGAAUCUCUCCAACUCAGAGGUCCUUCUGGGGAACUUGAGCUGUGAUGUUGAGACCCAGUCUCCCAGUAGCAACACAAGCCUGUCUGGGUGCGCUUUUCCUCUUCACAGUUUGGAGGCGGGCAUCUAUCCUCUCCAAGUACGUCAGAGGCAGAUGGGGUUUGCUGACAUGUCUGCGGUGCCCCAGCAAUUUGUGGUGUUGCCUCAGAUAACAGACGUUUCCCCAACACUUGGGUCCACUUGUGGAGGGACAGUACUCACGGUGAGGGGCUUGGCUCUCAAUUCCAGCAGGAGGUCAGUUCAGGUUGACAUUUCAGGUCCUUUCACUUGUGUGAUUUUGAGUUUGGGGGACCAGGCUGUCCUCUGUCGGAUUACCCCAGCGGGUAACCCCUUGCCUGGCGCUUCCUUCACCCUGAAUGUUACUGUCCUGGUUAACGGGCUGCGCAGCGCCUGUCAGGGGAAUUGCACUCUUUUCUUGUGUGAAGAGACAACUCCUGUCAUGGACGCCUGGACCACAAGCAUCAGUGGGUCUCUGACCACAGUGCUGAUUAGGGGUCAGAGGUUAGGUACUGCGGCUGAUGAACCAAUGGUGUUUGUGGAUGAUUGCCUUCCUUGCACUGUGACUUCCUUUAAUACAACCCACGUGGCGUGCUGUAUCAGUGGCUUGGCCCCAGGGCCCCACUACCUGUCGGUUCUUCAUACGAGAUAUGGGUAUGCUUGCUCUGGUCACGUUUACAGACACUUCCACAUUUUGCCUCAAGUGUUUCAUUAUUUCCCCAAGAAUUUCAGCCUCCAUGGUGGAAGCCUCUUGACCUUGGAGGGUACAGCCCUGAGGGGACGGAACUCCACUUUAGUCUACAUUGGCCAGCAGGCCUGCCUGACUGUGAACCUCAGCUCUGAGCUCAUCCAGUGCGCUGUUCCUGCAGGGAAUGGCUCCGUUGCCCUGGUCAUAGAGGUAGAUGGACUUUCUUACCAGGUGGGCAUCAUUGGUUACAGCAACGCCUUCACCCCCGAAUUGCUCUCAGUUUCUCAGACUGAUGACGUCUUAACGUUUUCAGUGGCCGGGAUCUCAGGAGCUGCGAACGUUGACAUUUUUAUUGGGAUGUUCCCCUGUGUGGGUGUCUCUGGCAACCGUACCCUUCUCCAGUGUGUGGUCCCAUCCCUUCCUGUUGGGGAGUACCAAGUCAGAGGUUAUGACCACCUGAGAGGGUGGGCCUCAUCUAUCCUGGUGUUCACAUCCAGAGUGACCGUUACAGCAGUGACCGAGAACUUCGGCUGCCUGGGUGGAAGGCUCGUGCAUGUGUUUGGAGCAGGAUUUUCUCCUGAGAACAUCUCAGCUGCCGUGUGUGGUGCUCCCUGCCAAGUCUUGGCUAACGCGACAGUGUCUGCCUUCAGCUGCCUGGUUCUGCCCCUGGAUGUGUCCUUGGCUUUCCUGUGUGGCCUGAGGCCUGAGGAGGAGAACUGUGAGACCUCUGGCUGCAGCUACGUGCAGUGUGAUUUGACUGUCGCUGUGGGGACAGAGAGCCUGCCCGAAUCAUGGCCUUAUUUCUACACCUGUGAAGAGAGUUCCCGAUGCAUCUGUGCACAAGAUCGUUGGACAGAGUCUGUCGUUCCAUCUUUCUCAGGCCUCUUCAUCAGCCCUAAAGUGGAAAGAGAUGAAGUUCUCAUCUAUAAUAGCUCCUGUACCAUUACCAUGGAAACUGAGGCAAAGAUGGAGUGUGAGACGCCUAAUCAGCCAAUUACCGCCAAGAUUACUGAGAUACAGAAAAGCUGGGGCCAGAACACUCAGGGCAACUUUCCCUUUCAGUUCUGCCGGAGGUGGUCCAGGGCUCACAGCUGGUUUCCUGAGCGACUGCCACAAGAGGGCGACAACGUCACGGUAGAGAAAGGCCAGCUGCUCCUGUUGGACACCAACACCAGCAUCCUCAACUUCCUGCACGUGAAAGGAGGAAAGCUGAUUUUCCUGGACCCAGGACCCAUCGAGCUCAGAGCACACUCCAUCCUUGUUUCUGAUGGUGGAGAGCUCAGGAUUGGAUCCGAGGACAAGCCCUUCCAAGGCAAAGCUCAGAUCAAACUCUACGGGAGUUCCCACUCUACCCCCUUCUUUCCGUAUGGAGUCAAGUUCCUGGCUGUGAGGAAUGGAACUCUUUCCCUGCAUGGUUCACUCCCAGAAGUAGUGGUCACCCAUCUUCGAGCAGCUGCCUAUGCCCGUGACACGGUGUUGGCUCUGGAAGAUGCUGUGGACUGGCACGCGGGGGAUGAAGUCAUUGUCAUCAGUGGGAUGGGUGCAGAAGGCGCCAAGCCCUUGGAAGAGACUGUCAUUGUGGAGACUGCGCAGAAUACAGACCUCCAUCUGAGGUCACCCUUGAGAUAUUCUCACAACUCCACAGAGAACUGGGUGGCUGGAGAGCUCCAUGUUUUAAAGGUCAUGGUGGUUCUCCUCAGCAGGAGUGUUACCAUACAGGGAAAUCUCACUGAUGAGAGGGUGCAGCUCCUUGCUUCAUGCCAGAGGGCCAAUGCUUCACAAGGUGAUUUGCAGAACUGUUUGUAUUUCAAGAGUGAGAAGAUGCUGGGAUCCAGGGAUCUGGGGGCCAGAGUCAUCAUUCAGUCUUUUCCAAAGGAGCCCAGCUGGGUCCAGUUGAAGGGAGUGCAGUUCCGGGACUUGGGGCAAGCCUUCUGUAAGCAUGUGAGCUCGCUGACUCUGGUGGGAGCUCUGAGAGGUUCCUACAUGCAGGGCUGUACUGUGUGGCGAUCUUUCAGCAGAGGCCUCAGCGUGUCCAGGACCUUGGGCCUGAAGGUGGACAGUAACGUGUUCUAUGAUAUUUUAGGCCACACACUGCUGUUGGGUACACCCCCCGAGAUAAGGUAUAUCCCUUGGGAGGUUAUUCCUGGAAGAGAAAAUGACUGGUCAGAACAGGGGAAUAUAAUAAGAAACAAUGUGAUCAUCAGUGUUUCUGGCGCCGAGGGACUUUCCAGUACUGAAAUGAUGACACCCUCUGGUAUCUACAUCCGCGAUCCCACCAAUGUUGUAGAGGGAAACAGGGUGUGUGCUGCUGGCUAUGGCUACUUUUUUCACCUUGUGACCAACCAAACAUCCCAAGCUCCACUUCUUUCCUUUACCCGGAACAGUGCACAUGCUUGUACGAGGUGUGGCCUCUUUGUAUACCCUAAGUUUCAGCCAACUUGGGAUAACGGCACUGGUCCCACCCUGUUCCAAAAUUUCACGGUUUGGGGAAGUGCAGGUGGUGCCCAGAUUUUUAGAAGUAGCAAUCUUCACCUGAAAAACUUCCAGGUUUAUGCAUGCAGAGAUUUUGGAAUUGACAUCUUGGAAAGUGAUGCAAAUACUUCAGUUACUGACAGCUUAUUACUUGCUCAUUUUGCCCCCAAGGGAAGCCUGUGUAUGUCAGCUGGGAUCAAAACUCCCAAAAGGUGGGAACUGACAGUGUCUAACACAACCUUUGUGAAUUUUGAUCUCACUGACUGUGUGGCCAUCAGGACCUGUUCAGGCUGUUCCCGAGGACAGGGUGGAUUUACUGUCAAGACCAACCAGUUGAAGUUUACAAACUCUCCAAACUUGGUAGCAUUUCCAUUUCCUCAUGCAGCAAUUUUGGAAGACUUGGAUGGGUCUCUGUCCGGGAAAAAUAGAAGUCACGUUCUUGCUUCUAUGGAAACCCUUCCAGCUUCUUGUUUGGUCAAGGCCAGCUUCAGUCAGCUUGUCCAUGGAAGUGUCUGUGAGGAAAACGUUCUCUUCCAUCGUAUGUCUAUUGGUUUAGCCAAUGCCCCAAAAGUUUCUUAUGAUUUAACCAUAACGGACAGCAGAAAUAAGACAACCACUGUCAGUUACGUGCAUGACACACUGUCCAACCCUUAUGGCUGGAUGGCGCUGCUCUUGGAUCAAGAGACCUACUCACUGCGAUUUGAGAGCCCUUGGACCAACAGCUCUCUGCAGUACUCAGCGACAUUUGAGAACUUUGCUCCUGGGAAUUACCUGCUGCUGGUGCACACAGACCUGUGGCCUUACCCUGACAUCCUCAUAAGGUGCGGGAGUCAAGUGGGGCGGUCCCUUCCGUCUCUUCCAUCACCUGGUCGGGACCAAGGCUGUGACUGGUUCUUCCACAGCCAGUUGAGACAACUCACCUAUCUGGUUUCAGGUGAAGGCCAAGUUCAAGUAAUUCUCCAGGUGAGGGAAGGUGUGGCGCCAACUAUUUCAGCUUCUUCCUCUGCACCUGAGUCAGUUUUAAAAUGGUCCCUCCCCGAAGCAUGGGAAGGCAUGGAGAAGGGCUGGGGAGGACACAGCGGUACCAUUCCAGGCCCUGGGGAUGACGUCCUGAUUUUACCCAACAGGACUGUCCUUGUGGAUACAGAUCUUCCGUCCCUCAGAGGCCUCUAUGUGAUGGGGACUCUAGAAUUCCCUGUGGACAGAAGCAACGUUCUGAGCCUGGCGUGCAUGCUCAUUGCAGGCGGGGAACUGAAAGUCGGUACUUUAGAAAAUCCCUUAGAAAAAGAAAAAAAGCUCCUGAUUCUCCUUAGAGCUUCAGAGGGAGUCUUUUGUGACCGUUUCAUCGGAAUUCGUAUUGAUCCAGGAACAAUUGGGGUGUUUGGGAAACUUCAGCUUCAUAGUGCUUAUCCUAAGAAAUCCUGGACACAUCUUGGGGCUGACAUUGCCUCAGGCAAUGAGAGAAUUAUAGUAGAGAACACAGUGGAUUGGCGACCCCAAGACAAGAUUGUCCUUAGUUCCUCUUCAUAUGAGCCUCACGAAGCAGAGGUCCUCACUGUGAAAGAAGUCUGGGGCCACCAUGUUAGCAUCCAUGAGCGGCUCAGACACCGGCACGUCGGAAGUGUCCACGUCAUGGAGGAUGGCCGACACAUUCGUUUGGCUUCAGAGGUUGGACUUCUGACCCGAAACAUACAAAUCCAGGGUGAUACAUCAUGCGGGGGGAGACUACUUGUGGGGUCCUUCAGGAAGUCCAGCGUGGAAGAAUUUUCAGGUAUCCUUCAACUUUUCAAUGUGGAAAUUCAGAACUUUGGCUCACCACUGUAUUCCUCCAUCGAGCUCACUGAUACGUCGGCAGGAUCCUGGAUGAUAUCUUGUACUCUGCACCAAAGCUGUGGUGGGGGCAUUCGUGCAGCUGCCAGUCAGGGGAUCGUUUUAAAUGACAAUGUAGUGUUUAGCACAGCUGGCCAUGGCAUUGAUUUGGAGGGUCAGGACUAUUCUCUCUCUAAUAACCUUGUGGUUCUGAUGACACAGUCAGCCUGGUCUCCCAUUUGGGUGGCAGGAAUCAAAGUGAAUCAGGCAAAGGACAUCCAUCUCCAUGGCAACGUUGUGGCAGGAUCCGAGAGACUUGGCUUUCACAUCCGAGGCUACAGGUGCUCCUCUCCUGAAGCCCUUUGGUCUGACAACGUGGCCCACUCAAGUCUUCACGGCCUUCAUCUCUAUAAGGAGACUGGACUUGACAACUGUACCAGUAUCUCUGGCUUCUUGGCUUUCAAGAACUUUGACUACGGUGCCAUGCUCCAUGUGGAGCAUGGCAUGGAAAUAGAGAACCUCACUCUGGUCGACAAUACUAUUGGCCUUUUGGCAGUAGUUUAUGUGUCUUCUGCCCCACAGUGUUAUAGUGAAAAUCUACAGAUUGUGGUUAGGAAUUCAGUCAUCGUGGCCACUAGCUCAUCUUUUGACUGCAUUCAGGAUAGAGUUAAGCCUCGUUCUGCCAACGUGACAUCACCUGAUCGAGCUCCUUCCAAUCCCAGAGGAGGUCGAGUUGGUAUUUUGUGGCCUGUAUUCACCUCGGAACCAAAUCGGUGGCCUCAGGAGCCAUGGCACAAAGUCAGGAGUGGCCAUUUAAUUUCAGGCAUCAUGAAACUUCAAGAUGUGACCUUUUCUAGUUUUGUGAAGAGUUGCUAUAGCGAUGAUCUAGAUGUCUGCAUUCUGUCCAAUGCAGAGAACACUGGGAUCGUGCCUCUAAUAACGGCAGAGAGGACCAGGAUGCUAAAGAUCAAAGAUAAAAACAAGUUCUACUUUCCUCCUUUACAAACCAGGAAAGAUUUAGGAAUACUGGUCUGCUCUGAAUCUGACUGUGAAAGUCCUAGAAAAUAUCUCUUUAAGGAUCUGGAUGGGAGAGCUCUGGGUCUGCCUCCACCAGUUUCUGUAUUUCCUAAAAUUGAAGCAGAAUGGACUGGAUCCUUCUUCAACACAGGCACAUUUAGAGAAGAGCAGAAAUGCACAUACCGAUCGCUGAUACAAGGCUACAUCUGCAAACAGACUGACCAAGUGAUCUUAAUUCUUGACAGUGCUGAUGCCACUUGGGCAAUGCAAAAGUUAUAUCCAGUUGUAUCUGUGACUAGUGGUUUUGUUGACACCUUCAGUAGCGUAAAUGCCAAUACUCCCUGCUCCACUUCAGGGUCUGUAUCUGCUUUCUAUUCCAUUUUACCCACCAAGGAAAUCACCAAGGUCUGCUUUGUGGAUCAGACUCCUCAAGUUUUGCGUUUUUUUCUAUUGGGGAACAAAAGUACCUCCAAGCUCCUCUUGGCUGUAUUCUACCAUGAACUCCAGAGCCCAAAUGUUUUCUUAGGGGAAAGAUUCAUUAAACCUACUCAAGUUCAAUCAACUUCCUCACUGCUGAAUGGGUCUAUUGGCGCCAACUAUUUCAGCAUCAUGGAUAACCUCUUGUAUGUUGUCCUACAAGGAGAGGAGCCCGUUGAAAUUCGCUCAGGUGUUUCCAUUCAUUUGGCCCUCACUGUGAUGUUUUCAGUUCUAGAAAAAGGCUGGGAAAUGAUGACCCUUGAAAGACUAACUGACUUCUUGCAGGUUAGCCAAGACCAAAUCAGAUUUAUUCAUGAGAUGCCUGGUAAUGAAGCAACCUUAAAGGCCAUGGCUGACCGUAGAGCAAAGAGAAAGCGCAAUUGCCCAACUGUGACUUGUGCCAGUCAUGAUAGAGUUGGUCAGCGUAGACUUCUCAUGAUGGAAAUGAGCUCAUAUAGAGUCCUACCGCCCACCACUAUGGAAACUAUCUCAAAAGUGAUGGUCGUUGAAAUUGGUGAUCUGCCAGCAGUAAGGAACACUGGAGUAAUUCCAUCCUUAUCAAGUAACAAAUUACAGACUUUGGCUCACCAGGUUAUCACUGCUCAGCAGACUGGAGUACUAGAGAAUGUUCUGAAUAUGACUAUUGGGGCCUUACUAGUGACUCAGUCAAAGGGAGUCAUUGGCUAUGGAAAUACAAGCAAUUUCGAAACUGGGAACUUGAUAUAUAUUCGGCCCUAUGGUCUUUCAGUCCUAGUCCAGCCUUCAGAUGGAGAAGUGGGAAAAGAACUUACAGUACAACCACAGCUCGUUUUUCUGGAUAAGCAGGUACCUUGUGCACAGAAUCGGAGAGUAGAGUCGUUGGGGCCCCCAUCAGAGCCUUGGGUCAUUUCUGUUUCUCUGGAAGGGACAUCAGAUUCCAUGCUGAGAGGAUGUACUCAGGCAGAAACUCAAGAUGGUUAUGUGAGGUUCUCCAACUUGGCAGUUUUGAUCUCUGGGUCAAAUUGGCACUUUAUUUUUACUGUCACUUUCCCUCCAGGGGUCAAUUUUACAGCUCGCUCCAGGCUGUUUGCUGUCUUACCUGCAACUCCAUCCGAGAGGCCCACGAUCAUACUGGCUGCUUCCCUGUGCUCAGGGGUCUCGUGGCUGGCUCUGUGCUGCCUCGUAUGCUGUUGGUUUAAGAAAAGCAAAAGCAGAAAAAUAAAAAGUGAAGAGAUUUCUGAAUCCCAGACUAAUGGUCAAAAGAAUCAUAGCCACGUCUCACCCAAACGCCAAGAAUCACAAGUAGAGACUGAAAAAGAAGGCACCAUGAUGGCAGAAGAUUUGAGGAUGAAGGUCAUGCUGGGCAAGCUGAACCAGCCCCCCCAUCAGUCACGGAAUGGUGUGUCCAGAAGGAAGGUGAGCCGCCGUGCAGUCCAAGAGGAAGGUGGCAGCCGAGAAGAGGCCGAGGCCGCUGUGCCUGCUCCCGGUACUACCAGUGUCGCAUCACACGGGAACACGUGUGCUUUGGGCUCUCCUGCUCAGCAGCUGUACCUGCAGGAGACUGGGAGCUGGAAGGAGGCCCAGGAGCAGGUGCUCCGAUACCAGCUGUCGGGCCAAGAUCAGCUGCUGCUGCCCUGCCCAGACCUCAGACGAGAGACGCAGCGAUUGCAGGGCUGGAGUCGCCUGGGCAAGGAGCAUGGUAGCCUGGGGCUGCCCCAGGAGAAGCCAGCCUCCUGCAGUGCCGCCGAGGCAUUCUGCCUCCAUUCAGUGCGUCCAGAGGCCGUUCAGGGGCAGCUGUGA